GAAGUUGCAGGUGGGAAAACGGUGUUUAUUUCCAAACUCCGCCGUGCGUAUACUGUUGUAGUCUGCAAACUCUUCACACACAAGUUCUAGUGCUACUACUACGUUCCAAGUUACGCCGUCAAUUCUCGAGCAUCAACGAAACGACGCCGUCACGUUCUACGCAACAAUCGAUGCCAAGAAGAACCAAAUCCCAAUUGAAGUCGUCAAUUGCCUAUAAUCCGGCGGCUGAGCCGCCAAUUUUGAGUUCGCCGGUCUAUUUGGGACAAGACGAGGUUUUUGAUUGUUCGGUAUUUGGACCUGUAUAACAAGGGUUUGGGCGUUUUUGCUGGCGGUUAGCAAUUGUAACGAUUGGCUGUUUACUGUAGCCGCCGUAUACUCUCUUGCUGCUAGUAGUCUGUUUCCCAGAAUUAGGGCUGUGUGACAGUAAUGGAGAAAAUUCCGGCAGCUUGCUCCAUGGAUUGGAGUAUUCAGCUUGAGAAAAACCUCCGAUCCCGAAAACCAGGUAAAGCUAUUGCAGCCCUUGAAGAAAUUGGCCGGCAGCUCGAGUGGUGGAACACCGACUCAGAGCUAACGUUUGCGGAGUACAGAAUGUUCGGCUUAAUCAAGGGCGAGGAUAAGCUGUUCCUUAAUGCGAUUUUUAUGCGUCUGGCGGAUGCAUUUAGGGUAGGGGAUAAACAGAUUAAGAGUGGCGUUGUUAAGCUUUUUUUGAGAAUGAAAAGGAGGAUGAGAAGAGAUGGGGGAGGUAUUUUUAAAAAGGUUAAAUUGGAGAAUUACUUGGAAUUGUUGAGCAGAGUGAAGGAAGUGUUUGAUAAAGGGGAUGUUGAAGAAAGAGCACUGGCUUUGUUGCUGUUUGGUUGCUGGGCUUCUUUUGGGAAUGAUUGUGCAGAUAUACGUUACAUCGUGCUGUCAAGUUUGGUGUCUAGUGAUGUUCUUGAGGUAAAGGGUGCUUUGUUUGCUGCAGGAUGCUUGUCUGAAUUGUCAGAAGACUUUGCCAAUGUUUUCUUAGAGAUGCUUAAGACAAUGGUUUUAUCACGGGAAAUAUCAAAGGCCGUAAAGUUAGCUGGAGGGAGAGCAUUUGCCAAAAUGUGGCGUCCAUUUUCGCUUGCAGAUAAGGCACAUAAGACAGGUUUAAAGCUUCUAAUGGAUUCUUCAGAAGAUGACUUCUCAGCUGUGAUGCUGAUAUCACUUUCCAGAAUUGCUUCUAGGUGGAUGCUUCUAAUCCCUACUCAGAUAGAAAUGCUUACAUUUUUUCAAAGUGAUGAGAGAUCUGUGCACGUGCAAGCCACAUCAUUAAGAUGCCACCGCUUCAUAUUAUCAAGAGGAGAUUGUAAUUUUCCUUCAACUACAGGCACAAUGGACAAGUUAUUUGGCAUACUGUACAGAUCUCAACUUCAGCCAACACUGCAUCUUGAAGCUUUGCGAAUCUUGAAUGAGAUCCUUCUAUUCAAGUUAUCAAUCAUUCCUUGCAUGGAGAUUCCUGAGCUUUUUAUCAAGCUAUCGGCAGUUGUAAAAAAUAUUCUGCAAUCAUCUACACCGUCAACCAGACUUUUAGCUGUUAGUGUUCUAGCAGAUAUUUCUGGAAAGAUUUUGGGAAGAUUAGAUAUGGCAUCAGGUGGAACGGGUCGGACCCUGGCGUUACAGGUCAUCUCUUUUGUUUUAGAUCAAAUCCUUUCGCUGGUUACACCAAAAGUAGAUAUUUAUCAGGCGGAUAGUGCUGUAGAGCUUGAGGUCAAAAGAUUGCUCGACAUUUUAUUUAACCUGGUUGACAAUCAUUUGUACCUUCAAUGCCUAAUGUUGAAUAAUAUAUGCUUAUUUAUAGAUAGACUGAUGAAGAUGCUGAACAAAGUAAUGGACACAGAGAAAACUGAUUCCCCAAAGCAUGAGAUUGCAGAGUUUGGCCGCCAUGGUAAACCGCUCUUAUCAAAUCUCAUGCUCUAUGUAUCAAAAAUUAUGGUUUCUUGUUUGCUAAACCUUGAAGAAGUUGAUGCUGAAACCAGCCAAAUUUUGGAUGCACUGAAACUUCAAGUAGAAAAUGUAUGCAAAUGCAAUUAUUUUGGUAGCUACACCGGCAUUAGAUACAUCCUUUUCUUGCACUUGCUUUCGACCUUUAGCUGCAUUCGGCAUACGGCAGAGGAAUUGAUAAUACCAAGUAGAAACACGAGCCUGUCUUUUGUAAAUUCCAUACUUCAGCUUGAUAAAUUUACUUUGGAUUACACCAAGAAGAUGUUAGAAGGAAACAGUUACUGGUACUCCUACAAGGCUGGAAAAACUGCCGCCUGUCAAGGGGCAUGGUCUACAGCAGCUUUCAUAUUUAAACAACUUAUUACUGUAGUUCAAUCUAAUUCCUGCUCUUCCUGGGUGAAAUCUUUGGCUAAGUUCUCAAACUCCGAGGAGCAGAUUCAGUUGUUUCUUUUAUCCGAUGAAGGCAUGUCUAUUGUCCCUUCUGAAAGUAAUUUAGGUGAAAGGGGAGGCACCUCGGCCUUCAGGACCAACUAUUGCAACUACAUCAAGAAUUUUCUCAGAGCUUCCAAUACACUUCAGGACGAGAUUCUUGCAGCCUUUGAUAUGGGCCAUAUGUUCAGCUUCCAAAGAUGGUUUUUGACCCUCAGGGCUAAGGUUUUGAAUACUGUUGUUGACAUGUUGAAGCUACUGGAUAAAAUUUUAUUUAUUCAAGAUGGCACUUGGUCUGGCGGACAACCAGAGGGAGGUAUUCUGCUUCGACACACUUCUUUGCAGACACUCGAUCCCUUAAUUUUCUCUUCUAUGGAAGUCUCAUGCCGGAUGAUGAAAUUAGCUCGAGAAAUGGAUCUACUCUCAGCAUCUUCUAUGGGAAUGGACCGACAAAGUGGGAUGAGUGUUUCAGCACUUGCAUUGAGUUGCUCACUUAUGGCUUUUACUGCUGGUUUUGCCUUUCCAGUUCCAAACUUGCAUUCCUCAGAAAGUUAUAGAAAAUUUGGAAAUUCAGACGGGCCUUUACAUGCAUUGCUUGUAGAAGAUUUAGUUGGGCGAGUGAGGCAUAUAGACUGCGAAACUAGGAAAUAUCUCCUACUUUUUCUGAAGUCCUACCCCAACUACAAGGGCUGUUUUUCGCCGAGAUUUCGAAAUGAAGGUUCCUAUGCUUCUCACGAGGCAAUAGUCUUGCACAAGAUUUGUACGUAUUCUGUUGGAGAGAUUUUUAGCUUGCAAAAUGAGGCAACCAGGUUACAUCAAGAUGGCGAUGCUGGGUCUCAAAUUCUAAAUCGUGGUCCGCUACUGCUGUUGAACGUGAUCUCAAAAUUGAUGUUGAUUCCUUUCCGCACUCCUCAUCACUUCUUUCGAGUAAGGCCUUCUCUCUCCUCUGAGCUAUUUCUCACGAACGAAGAUGGUCAAACCGUACACGGAUUGUCCAUUUCACCGGGGUCCCAUCUCUCUCUCAAUUUGUGUCUUCAAUUAAAAAACAUGCCAGCUGGCAUGCCAGGUCCUCCGAAAAAAGUGUACUGCAUUCUCGAUUGUACGGUACAACAUUCUCAGACAUCAACUGUAAUUAGACAGUGUAAAGGGCAAGAAGCACAAUCGACUAAAAUCGAUGAUAUGGUGGAGUUGAACGAGAAGCUGCUGAGAUAUGUUGUGGGCCCUACGCCGGCCCAUGGAUUGCAUUGUAGAGCUCAAGCCAAUGAUUCUUGUUCGGUGGUAAAUGAAUAUGUCUGUUUUGAACUUAAUGAUCGUGGUCAAGGUUUCACUUCGUGCUUGCUCGAUGUUUCUUCUUUUCCCAUUGGCUCUUACAGAAUCAAAUGGCAUAGUGGUUUUGUGGAUAUUGGAGGUUCUUAUUGGAGCCUGCUUAAUGCCAAUGAUGGGCCGUUGUUCACUGUUCGCGAAGUGGAAACUGUCUGAAUUUCGUUAUGUCAAAGGAUUGUCAGCUGAUGCAGUUUUGGUAGUGCAAUGUACAAGGAACUUUCUGACAUUACAUAUUUCUGGUAUAUAGAUAAUUAGAGAGGGGAAAACAAAACAUUCUUGGAAAAAAACUAUGGAAUUGCUUAGUUUAAUGAUGUUGAUGCCUGAAACUGUUGGAAUAUUGUGGGGUUAUCCUUUGAUAUAUCUAUCAAGGUUUGGGUUGGAUGGUAAAAAUAGUCAUGAUUAGUGAAAUAAUUUAACUUUGUUUGAUGUUUGGCCGGUCCAAAAACUUUUCUGGUCGACGUGCAAUUAUGAAAAAAGAUAGCUCUAAUCUUGAGCUCUCACAAGAUUA